AUGUCCGACAUUGCAGCCAUAAUCAAUCACGGGAUCUAUGUAUCUGGCAAUUUCGAAGUCAAAGAUAAAACAAAUCCAGUAAAUCGUUCCGAACCUGAAGGUGGAAUUUACAACCUGACGAUCAGUUGUGGUGGGGUUAACCGCGAGAACACCAAGCUUUAUCAAAUCCAAGCUUAUGCCGUUGAACCAGUCCAGAUUCCACUGUUUGUUAAAGGCGUAUACUUCUUACGAGGUCCCUUUUUCCCUAAGAAUAAAGUCAAUACUACCUUUGACUCCCUCAUUUUUGAAGGCGAGGAUCACCCUUUCGUUGGUACUGGCUUAUCUUACAUGGGCAGCUUUGUUGACUCAGUCUCUGUCACGGGCACUGGAAUUGUGUUCGAUAUUUGUAAUCCAGAAAACUCUUGCUCCCGCAGUCCGGCGGACAUCCUGAGCUCCACAGACAACAUUACCAAAGUCGUGACUGUUUUGCAUUCCCAGUAUCAUCCAAUUGCCAAUCAAGUUUCUCUGACAAAUGCUGCCCAAGCGAGUAGUUCGUCAUACGCAAGUAACAAUCUUGAGGUCACCCAUACUGCGACCGUCAAUUCUCGCAGCACCUUAACUCACUCAGACUCUGACCGCUCCAUAUUAACCACGAAAUCCGUGUCAUCAUCUACAUCUAUUUCGUCCCCCAUAGUUAUUGAAAACCAAAAUAAAACAACCCUAAUUGCGAAAAAAUCAUCUCCAUCAGUAUCUCACAAGCAAAGCCGUUUGGACUCUGAGGAGUUGAGACCCAAAGGUCCAGAACAACUGAACGACAUAUAA